UGCCUUUGUGGAAAAGUAGGUUAGCAGUUCUGCAAGCGCGCUUGGCACAUCGAGAGAGGGAAGGUGCACUUCUGAUUCCUCAGCAAUUCGGGUCAGCCAGACAAGCGCGGAGACGAAAGCCAGCUGGGGAAGAUUUAUUUAUUUUUGAUAGUAUUUAUUAUUUUCCUCCCGUUCCCUACUCACCCACCCAUCCCGCUCCUCCUCUUCCUCUUAAGGAGUUUUUGCUUUUGAACAGAUUUCUCCUUUUUCUUCAUGCGAUUUCCUGGAGAGGUAGCUCUGUAAAGGAAGAUCUGCCAGCAUGCGAGCGCAAAUCGAGGUCAUCCCUUGUAAGAUAUGCGGGGACAAGUCUUCAGGAAUCCACUACGGAGUUAUCACCUGUGAAGGGUGCAAAGGAUUCUUCCGCAGAAGCCAACAGAAUAACGCCACUUACUCUUGCUCGCGGCAGAGGAGCUGCCUGAUCGAUAGGACAAACCGCAACCGGUGUCAACAUUGCCGCUUGCAAAAAUGUUUGGCCCUGGGCAUGUCCCGAGACGCAGUCAAGUUCGGCCGCAUGUCUAAGAAGCAACGGGACAGCCUGUACGCCGAGGUCCAAAAACACCAGCAAAGUCAAGAGCAAGGGGACGGGGCCAAAGAGGACCCCAAGACCUUGUCGCAGGUCUACAGCACCAGCAUGAGCAGCGGCCUCUCCGACCUGGACGAUAUCUCCACGCUGUCGGACGGCUUCCUCUUCGAUUUCCCUUUGACCCCCGAUGGGAGCAGCAGCUAUUGCAACCUGGACAUCCUCACCUCGGCCCAGCCGUCACCUGACCAGUCCAGCCUUGAUGUCAGCGACGUCAAACUCAUCAAGCAGGAAUCCAUCUAUGAGCUGAUGUUGGAGCCCACGCUCUUUCCCCACGCUUCACUCGCGGGCAGCCAAUUGGCCUCCGAGAUAUCCAUGAUGGAGAUUGAACGCCUCGCCCAGAAUGUUGUCAAGUCACAUCUGGAGACAUCGCAGUACACCAGCGAGGAAUUGAAGAGGCUAGCUUGGAUGCUCUAUUCGCAGGAGGAGAUUAGGAAUAUGCAAAGCAAAAGCUGCGAGGUCAUGUGGCAAGAGUGUGCGGUGCAGAUCUCCAACGCCAUCCAGUACGUCGUGGAGUUUGCCAAGCACAUCGACGGCUUCAUGGAUCUCUGCCAGAACGACCAGAUCAUUCUCCUCAAAGCAGGAUGCCUUGAGGUCCUCCUCGUCCGAAUGAUCCGGGCCUUCAACCCGUUGAACAACACGGUUCUCUUUGCUGGGAAGUACGCGGGAAUGCAACUGUUUAAGUCACUCGGCUGCGAUGACCUUGUCAGUGCCGUCUUCGAGCUCGGGAGGAACUUCUGCCGGCUGCAGCUCUCAGAAGAGGAGACGGCACUCUUCACGGCCGCGGUCCUGCUCUCUCCAGAUCGCCCCUGGCUCUCUGAGUCGAAGAAGGUUCAGAAACUCCAGGAUAAGAUCUACCUGGCUCUGCAGCAUGAGAUUCAGAAGAAAAAUACCAAUGAAGACAGACUCUCCAAGAUUAUCUCCAAGCUUCCUUUGAUGAAGACAAUCUGCAACCUUCACUUGGAUAAGCUGGAAUUCUUCCGUCUCGUCCAUCCAGAGAUUGCCACGAACUUUCCUCCUCUGUACAAAGAGGUCUUCAGCUCUGAACUCCACUACAGCGACCCCCAGGAGAGGUAAAGAGGGGUCCUGCGGCACAGAUUUCGAGACGGACCAAAACUUUUGAGGCUAGCAGAACGGAGAGAGUAGGAGGGGACUGAACAAUAAUAAUAUGAUAAUAAAAAACGACCCCAGAGGAGCUGGGGCGAAGUUUAUUUUAAACAAAGUGACCAACCGCAAGACUUUUCUGGGCUGCGGUACCUUUCCCUCGCCCUUAUGCUGCAUCUGUGAUCGCUCUUGAAUGUAAUUGCACCUUGAAAGAUCCACAAAAAAAAACAAACCCUGACUUUUUUUUUGCCAUGCGGGCAAAAUGAAUGUGAAAUGCUGUUCAGUGAAAGAAAAUGUUCCCAGUAAGUACCAUUGUGUUACCUCUCCUGUCCUUGCAUGUUUUCUCCCCACGGGGCCUACAGCUUGCUGCCGCCCAUCCACAGACCACGAUUCACACCCGCCUCAUUCAAUAACAGUUUGUAUGUUAUCACGACAGUUAUUUUGCUCUUGCUCCUUCCCUCCCUCCCCAAAAGUUUAAAUGACACAACGUGGAUGAAAACGGGGCAAUACGGACUUCUUCAACCCGAUGGAUUGGCUGGGAAAUCUGAUGUGGAAAGCCAUUAGAGGGCUGGGAGAGGCAGCAAUGGCUCUUCGGCUACUUGGCCGGAGUGAAGGAGAAGUGCAUUGUGGGUAACCUUUCGAUUUUAUUAUAAUUUUACACACAUACAGACACAAAUAUAUAUAGGGCAGCUAGAAACCCAAACCAGGAGGGCUGGACCCUCCGACGGGAAUGAGGGGGCACAAAACUGAACUGUGAUCUCCAAGACGUCCCUUUCUGAGACGUAAUGCUGCUAAGAGGAUAAUGAGAAAAGGGUCUCUGUACGGCAGGUACUUGAUGGAAUGAUCUGGUCACUGUCAGUGCAGGGAUGGAGUGACGUUAUCUGCCCUCAGAGGACGCAGGUGAAUAAUACUUGCUCUCACACACAGUUGGGGAGCUGCCAGCCUGGGGGAUGAAUGCGGGCCCUCAGGGGCCCAUCUAGUCCAAUGUCCUGUUCUCACAGCGGCCAAUCGGAUGCCUCUUCUGGGAAUCAUAGAAUAGUAGAGUUGGAAGGGGCCUAUAAGGCCAUCAAGUCCAACCCCCUGUGCAAUGCAGGAAUCCAAAUCAAAGAAUUCCCGACAGAUGGCUGUCCAGCUGCCUCUUGAAGGCCUCCAGUGUCAGAGAGCCCACAACCUCUCUAGGUCAUUGGUUCCAUUGUCGUACGGCUCUAACAGUUAGGAAGUUUUUCCUGAUGUCCAGUCGAAAUCUGGCUUCCUGCAACUUGAGCCCAUUCUUCCGUGUCCUGCACUCUGGGACAAUCAAAAAGAGAUCCUGGCCGUCCUCUAUGUGGCAAUCUUUCAAGUGCUUGAAGAGUGCUAUCCUAUCUCCCCUCAGUCUUCUCUUCUCCAGGCUAAACAUGCCCAGUUCUUUCAGUCUCUCCUCACAGGGCUUUGUUUCCAGUCCCCUGAUCAUCUUUGUUGCCCUCCUCUGAACCUGUUCGAGUUUGUCUGCAUCCUUCGUGAAGUGCGGAGACCAGAACUGGACGCAGUAUUCAAGAUGAGACCUAACCAGUGCUGAAUAGCCUUCAAGCCUUCAAGCACAACAGCGACUCUCCUCACUUCCGAUUCAUAGCAAGUGGCCCUCAGAGGUAUACUGCCUCCCACAGUGGAGGGAGAACACAGUCAUCGUGGCUAGCAGUCCCUGACAGCACUAUGUUUUCCCCAUGGCAAACGAAACUCUCCUAAAUGUAAGAAAUCCGGCUGAGGUGUGAAGGACAGCUACCCACCUUCUGCAGGACAAAUCUGGGUGGGGUACAGAGCUCAACACCUCCUAUGAUAUAACAGAAGGUUCCAGGAUGUUGUGCUUGCUGGUCCAACGACAACAAAAGCAGUUGCAUGCCUUUGAAUCGUCCUGUGUUGGACAGGCAGUUCUGAAUUUCAUUAUAUUCAUGCUGUACAGCCGAUGGGUGGUGGUGGUCAGAAUAUCCCUCACUUCAACGUUUUCACAUUUUCUGACCUUUUAAAAAGGUCCAAGAUCCAACGUCAGCCCAUGGCUCAAGUGACCAGGUCUUGCCCUCUUCCCGCUCUCCGUGGAUCCGUUAGUUGUCUGAAAAGUCCGUAUUGCCAUAUUUUCAUUGACGCUGCAUUGUGCCGUUUAAAGAAAGCAGGAAUAAUGUCCUUGGCUAUUUUUUUUCCUGUUGUGGGGACAGAGAGGGAGGUGGGGUGGUUGAAGAGAGAUGGUUUUGUUUAAAAAGGGAAUUCAUUGCUGUUCUGUGUGGUGGGGAGGGAGGUGUCCACAGGAAAGGCCGGCCAGUGGUGUCGUUGGAACAAGGUGCAACAAGGACGAGUGUGUCUGCUUUUCGUUUCACCCACCUGAAAGGCCAGGGCAGCACUUCACGUCACGACAGAGACUGUGGUUUUACAGCCCAUCUGCGUUACCGCAUCUCCUAAGCUUUGCAAACUGCACUUUAUUCAUUCCCAGUCAGGGUCAAAAAUAGAAGCAGCACCCUUCAGGUGCGUUUGAUCAUUGCCAAUGGGAAAACAAUGUAGAAUAAAUUAUAAUAAAUCUGAAUUUUGUAUGGUACACCGCUAACAACGAUAAAGGGGAGGGUAUUAGGGGAUCUCUAAUGAGCCUGGCAUUGAUUCUUAUGGGGGCUCGAUGCACUUGAUAAUGUUACUCAUGCACUUUUUCCAUGAACUCAAAAGCUCCUGGAGGUAUGAAUAAAAGACUACUGUUGUGUUGCUAAAAGGAGAGGUUCCACCAUGCUGGAGUCCUUCAGGCCCCAAUAAAGUGGAUGUGUAGCAUUUUCACUUUCCCUGUUUCUUGUCAAUUGGGGGGUCUAACUGACCCCAAUGCCCUUUUGAAAUGCAGCGUUUCAACCAAGAGCUCAGGGCCACAAGGCACCAGAUCCCUUUCAUCUUGAAGCGGUUUGCAGAGAAUGAACCGAUUAUUAGGGACCCAUUUUAUAGAUGAACCCCACGACGGCACGGGAGGGUUGAGCCUAGUUCAGGGUAAUAGAGACCUCUUGGCAAACUCACAUCCCUGAGCUUUUCUGCUUGAAGUCAUGCCAGUUAAGCCAGUAUCAAAUGGACCUGAGUUUGUAGCAUAGAUGUGCCCUUUGAGUUUUGAAGAACCCCUAAAACCAGAGCCCGAUUCUGAGCAAUAAGAUGGUGUUUUCGAAAACAAAACUUCUAGUCCUCAUUAGGAUAGACUUGAAAACAUGAUGUGGAGAAACAUGACCAAGUGGGGGCUCAUUGGGGAGGGGAAAUUUUUUAGAGGUCCUAAGGAACAACACCAAAAAUAUCAUUUCCCCCCCCCCAAUGAUACACUAGUAUAUAGCUCUAUAUAAAAUACACACACAUAUAUGUACAAUUUUUUAAAAGAAAGUGUAGAUGUGUACUUAUCACCUCUAGAACCCUUGCACUGUGUCUCAGGGGGGAAAGUUGCUUAAUAUAUUUAUUCUUGUGAAUGUUGGUGCAAAAGAGAAAUCUAUACAAUUGCAGUCUUUCAUGUUUUACGUUUUGGAUGAAUGAGGAAAGACUUUGAAAGCAUUUAUUUGUGAAACACAAAUACUGCACGCGCGCGAUGAGGUACGGACAGGUGUCCUGGAAAAGACAUGCAUUUUUCGUUCUAGCAUAGCAAACGGCUUCUGUUUGCAUUGAACGUCUUGUUGUGUAAAAGUGUAACUUAUUUUUUUAACGAAAAGAGGCAGGGAAGAAACCUUAGAUUUCCUAGUAGGGACUGGACCGUUGAAAAACGUGAAAGAAGGCAAGUGUUUAUUUAAAUUGGGGGAGGGGAGAGAGAGAUAGGAUCCCCCCCCUAUAAAAUUUAAAAGUAAUAUAAUGUAUUUAAGCAAGCAAGCGAAAACAGACCUUUGGAUAGGAUGUAUGCUUAUAGAAAUGUAGAUGUAUAUUGCACAGAUGGAUCAAACAAAAUAAAAGCCUUUUACAGGGUGGGGGAAAGUGAGUUCAUUGUCUUUUUCUUCGUUGAUUCCUCGUAAAUGAAGAAAUAAGGCCAUAAGAAGAGUUUGCUGCAUCAGGCAAAAGGGGACCCAUCUCCCUGCUCCCACACUGGCUACCCAGAUGCCCCAAUGGGAAUCCCUCGAGCAGGACCUGAAGGCAAGAGCAACUCUCUCCUCCUGCAGUUUCCGGCAACUGGUAUUCCGAAGCAUCCUACCUCCAAUUGUGGAGGCAGAGUAUAGCCAUCGUGGCUAGUAGCUUUAAUCGCCUUCUCUUCUUCCAUAAAUG